AUGGCGACCACUAUCCGCAACAGCCUGAUCGAUCAAGAAAACCAAGGGAAAUUAUGCGUAGCAUUUAGCAUCAAAUUCAUUACAUCUCCUGAGGUGGUAUAUAUCGCUCGGAACGCUGGCUUCAACGCCCUAUUCAUCGAUCUCGAACACUCCAGUCUAUCGUUACAAGUCACGAGUCAGCUCUGCGUGGCGGCACUGAACAUCAAUGUUACCCCCUUCGUUCGGGUACCAGGACGUGUUGAAGCAGGGUUUAUCCAGCGAGUCCUGGACAACGGCGCCCAAGGCGUCAUAUUUCCUCAUGUGGACACUGAAGAGCAAGCCCAGGCUGCCGUUAAAGCAUGCAAGUAUCCGCCCCUAGGCAAGAGAUCGGUGUCUGGAAUGCUUCCACAUAUGGGAUUCAAAGGUACCCCUAUCGCUCGGGUCCUGGAGGUGGGGAACGUGGGCAUGUCCACCGUGAUUGUCAUGAUCGAAGGACCCGAAGCGGUGUCGAAUGUCGAAGCCAUCGCAGCGGUUGAAGGCGUGGAUGUUGUUCUAGUUGGGACGAACGAUUUAUCUAUCGAGCUUGGUCAUCCGGGCGAAUUCGAGCAUCCAUCUUUUUCUGAGAGCAUGGAAAAGAUUGGUGCGGCGGUCAAGAAGCACAAGAAGAUCCUGGGUGUUGCAGGGAUCUACGAUCGACCGGACCUCAUGCGCAAGUUUGUUCAUGUGUACGGUGCUCGAUUCGUGAUCGGUCAUGGUGAUCUACCACUUUUGGCAAAAGCCUCGGCAGGUGUGAUGGCAGAGAUGCGAGCCGUUGAGUCGACUUAA